ACCACUAUUUUUUUGCAUUAGCAAGUUCAACUUGUGUUUAUUGCAGUUCUAGUUCUCUAAUCUCAUGCAGGUUAUUGAGCUAAAGGUACGCCUACACUGCAAGGCAUGUGAAAAGUCUAUCCGAAAAACCUUGGGCAAGAUCAAAGGGGUAACGUGUGUGGAAAUAGAUUUGGUGUUGAACAAGAUCACGGUGUUGGGGUAUGUGGACCGCAAGAUUGUGAUCAAAGCUGUUCGUAAGACGGGGAGAAGAGCUGAGGUUUGGCCUUCUAAGUCUUCAUGUCGCGGCCGGCAGCAGCCUCGUGGUGGUUUUGGUUGCAUCAUCCCCAGAUGGGUUUUCUAAGGAUCCAUCCAUCAUUUUAAUGUAUUAAUAAUACUUUGAUUUCCUUUUUGCUGCAAUUCUAAAAUGUUUGCAAGUCCAAGCAAAAUUUAUAUUUUCUCAUUAUGAAUAUGUUGCGUUGUGUUAUGUCUUAA